AAUGCUAAAAUCUAGUGAUAUUUGUUCAGGUUCGUGUCGUGCACUGAUUCGUCAGGAUGGAGCGUACGCAAAAGCGAGCAGCAUCGGCGCCAUUGUCUUCCGCUCAGCCUCCGCAGAAGGCAGCACGGUCUAGCAGUGGGGCUGACAAAUCGUUGUGGUGCACGCAGUGUUGGAGGCUCCCCGUUGACAAAUGUUUCGGAGACAAGCACCGCCUUCUAACCCUUCUAGACGCCAAGCGCGAGGCCAGGAAGGCUGUGGCCGACGCCCACAAGGCGUGGAAGGACCACCAGGAACGCCUCGGAGCCGUCGAGGCGGCCGUUGAGACAGCCAGCGAACCCAUCGCUCUACAGGUCCACGUUCCUCGUGUGGAGGGGUCGGUGGAUGACGCCGAGUUGGGUGGGGGUUUGAUGAUGAUCAUCAUGGCCGUCGAGGGCACCCUCACCGAUGAAGAGAGAAAGGACGUCAUCGAUGCCUUCAUGGACCAUGCGAUGGUAUUUUCAGCCUCAAUCAACGAGGAGGAAGAUGAGGACGAAGUGGCCGUCCGUGCAAAUCUCGACCUGUCAUGCAUGGCCUCCGUCCUGCAGAAGCUCCCUCUGUGUUGGGACGGGGAGGACCUGCCGGCGCGCACGGUCCUGCUCUACCCGAAUGAAGACCCGGAGGACUGGAACUUGAUGGUGUACGACAAAGCCCUGCGCGCAGGCAAAGACCACGUGCGUGGCGAAGUCCGCGUUUUCGGUCGAGUGAAAAACGGUUUCUGUCUCCGUGCUUCGAAAUGGUACGGUUACGACGACCCACGCUCUGAUGACGAUUGUGUUGUGGUCAAUCUCGAUGACGUGCAGUUUGUCGAUAGUUGCUAAUCGGUGCUAGUGUCCUCGUGAUCUUUGUGUGCAAACCCUUUUAUUUUUGUAUUUCCAAUUCCAAAUAAUUUUCUUUCAUUUUGUGAAUAUCAUUAGUUUAAAGCGAGGGCAAGUUAAAAUAAAAAAUCUCGCUUUAA